GCGGGACAGCGGAAGAGGGAAUUUGAAUAAAAGCGGUUGGGCUGGCCGAGGCGGCGUUAAGGAAAUAAAAACUCGGCCGACAUUUAAAAAACAACGGUCGGAGGCGGGAAGGCGAUGAGGUAACAUGUCGGCAGGGGAGACGGAGGAGGUGGCGGCCUUGAGGGCCGAGGUGGAUCGCCUGAGCGCUGAGCUGGCGGAGACCAGCGAGCAGAAGGUGCAGGCUGCCCAGUAUGGCCUGGCAGUACUGGAGGAGAAGCAGAACCUGGCGCUACGUUACUCGGAACUGGAGCAGGAGCAUGAAGCCGCCGUGCGAGAGUUGGAGCAGCUCAAGGAGGCAUUUGCGGAAGCCUGCAGCCAGCAGAGGAAGGUGGCGGCGGACGGGGAGACCCGGGAGGAGGUUCUGCUGCGAGAGGCAGCCCGCCGGGAAGCCGUGACAGAAGCGCGUGUGGGGGAGCUGCAGGCCGAGGCCCGGCAGGCUCGCCAAGCACUAGUCAAUGCCACAGCCGAGGGCGAGAGGCUCACAGCCCAGCUGCAGGAACUCAGCAAGCAAUGUGAGAGCUUGGAGCUGGAGAGGUGUCAGCUGCGGGAGGAGAUCAAGGAGUCGAAGGUGCGGGAGAGCCAACAGCUUCAGGACUGCACCGAGCUGGAGGAAGAGAAUAUCUCCUUGCAGAAGCUGGUCUCUACGCUCCGGGAGAAUCAGGUGGAGUUUGAGGGGCUGAAGCACGAGCUGAGGCAACGGGAGGAGGACGUGGAGACGUUGCAGGGUCAGCUGGAGGAGGCGGCCAGGCUGAGGGCCAUCGUCGAGCGGCAGCUGGAGGAGGGGCUGGAGAGCCUGCGGGCGGAGCGCGAGCAGAAGGCGGCCCUGCGGGCAGAGCUGGUGGCGCUGAGCGGCGGCGGUGGGCAGUUGCUGGAAUGCAGCGGGCUGCGGCUCGACCACAGCGCUGCCUCGGACGGGCAGGACAGCGGCUUCCAGAGCAGCCCGGGCCAGGCCAACGGCGAGAGCCCGGGGGCGGCCAGGUCCGCGGCCACCCCCGACCUCUUCAGCGAGCUGAGCCUGUCUGAGAUCCAGAUGUUGAAGCAGCAGCUGGAGCAGAUGGAAUUAGAGAAAGCCACGCUCCUGGGCAGCGUGCAGGAACUUCGGCAACGCCUGGAGUCGAGUGGGCAGGCAGCGGUGGCUGACGAGGACGGCAAGGAGGACUCCGAUUCGGGGGCUGUGCUGGACGCCGGGUCUCGGGCGCAGCUGGCCGAGUGCGCCCGCCUGCACUCCGAACUGCAGGAGCUGCGGGCGUCAGGCCACGAACGCGAGGCCGAACUGCGGCGCCAGCUGGAGGUGUGGCAGUCCGAGGCGGAGGAGCUGGCUGCCAGCUGCCGUCUGCACGCCCGCCGCAGCCGCCAGGACCGCGAGCUGAUCGCCGGGUUGAGGGCCGAGCUGCGGGCCGCGGCCGAGGCCGGCCGCUCCCUCUGCCGCCUCCAGGAUGAGCUGAGCGGCCUGAGCGAGGAGAUGGCCGCCCUCUACCACCACGUGUGCCUGGGCGAGAGGCGGACGCCCAGCCGGGUCACGCUGGACUACGUGCGAGCUGGCCGGAGGGGGCGGCUCAGUCCGUCGGGGUCGACAGGAGGAGGAGGAGGGGGAACCGGAAGCGGCGGAGGGGAGCUCUCCCCCACCGCCUCAGUCCCAGAACCGCUGGAUGCCUUGGGGCUGUGCGGCGUGCUCCGCCGACAGCUUGGACACCUGCAGGAGGCACUGGAGGGGCGGGAGCGGAGGAGGGCGGCCGCCGCGGGAGGCGGAGGCGGAGGAGCGGAGUGGGAGAAGGAGGGACUGCUCUCCGAGGUGCUGAAGCUGCGUUCGCUCCUCAGCACCAAGCGGGAACAGAUCGCCACCCUCCGCACCGUGCUCAAGGCCAACAAACAGACGGCAGAGGUGGCCCUGUCAAACCUGAAGAACAAGUACGACAACGAGAAGUGCCUGGUGUCGGACACGAUGGUGAAGCUGCGGAGUGAGCUGAAGGCUCUGAAGGAGGACGCCGCCACCUUCUCCUCCCUCCGAGCCAUGUUCGCUAGCAGAUGUGAUCAGUACGUCACCCAGCUGGAGGAGAUGCAGCGGCAGCUGGCCGCAGCCGAGGACGAGAAGAAGACGCUGAACUCCCUGCUGCGCAUGGCCAUACAGCAGAAGCUGGCGCUCACUCAGAGACUGGAGGUACAGGACGCCCUCACUGACGUACCCCGCCACUGUGCCAGGACGAACCGAGCCAAGGUGCACGCAAAGAACCGCGCCAGGGGAACACGCGCCAGCCCACAGCACCAGCAGAAUACUUGAGCAGACAGUGCCUGUGCCUUCUCCCAGCUGGUCGCCGGCAGUAACCCUCACAGAAAUCCAUCGAUCCACGACAGACCGAGGGUGGAAUCGUCUCAUCGCCCUGCAACACCCCUCCUCUCUCCCCCUCUCUCCGUCUCUCUCGGGCUGAAACGCGGUCUGAUGAUAAACAGUUUGUCCGGCAAUCGAGUCUCGGUUGCUUUCCGAACUUCCGCCGAGCCACCGUGCACUUUAUGUAACUGGUGCCUUUGACUCUCUCGGGACUGUGUCGCUCCGGUUUAAAAUCUCCUGGUUCGCCGCUGGAAAUGACCGUCUCUUUGUGGCGCAUCGCGUUUUCCCUCUCGCUCCCACCCUCUCUCCCGGUGUGGAAUCCGGUCUGGUCAGCGAGGGUGGUCACGCAGGGCUACGACUCUCUUCUUGGUUAGGGAAAGACCCUGAUGUCUCGGGGCAAUGGGUGGUCUGCAGAGUUGUCGUCAGCGGGAGGGGCUGCCUGGUGAGCGGGAAGAUGGAGAGACAGACAGAGAGAGAGAGGGAGAGAGAGACAGAGAGAGAGGGAGAGUGAUAGACGCAGAGAGAGAGAGAGAGAGAGGCAGACAGUGGCAGGGAGACACAGAGUCAGUCAGAGUGACACAGAAAGAUGCAGAAAGAAAGCGACAGAAAUAUAGAGGCAGGUGGGAGAGAGUGCGAGAGAGGGAGAGAGAGUGGGGUAGAGAGCGAAAAAGGCUGAGGGGGGGAUAGAGAGAGUGAAGGGAGGAGAGGAGAGACAGAGGUGAAGCAGGAUGGGGUAGGAGUUGGGGACAGUACGAGGGUAAGCUGGCCAUCCUGACUUUUCCCACUGUACAUUCAACGUUCUGCACGCCGCCUCCCUCACCCGUCAGGAGGAGUGUACCGUCCAGCUCUCCAUCUGUCCGAAGAUCUCAUUUCCAGGCCCACAGCACUGGAGUGUCCCCCAGACUCGUCCCCCCCCCCCACAUGACCCUUCUGUCCCUACCCACAGGUUCCUCCAGGUUCUCAGUUCAAAUUGGGAUUGCGGUCAGGCAGUGUAAAUGUGCGGACAUCUCUCCAGUCUCCUCUCCCCCCACACCCCCAUCUCCUCUCUCUCCUGUCUCCUCCCCCUCCAUCUCCUCUCUCUCCUGUCUCCUCUCCCCCCGUCUCCUCUCUCUCCUGUCUCCUCCCCCUCCAUCUCCUCUCUCUCCUGUCUCCUCCCAUCUCCAUCUCCUCUCUCUCCUGUCUCCUCCCCCUCCAUCUCCUCUCUCUCCUGUCUUCUCCCAUCUCCAUCUCCUCUCUCUCCUGUCUCCUCUCCCCCCGUCUCCUCUCUCUCCUGUCUCCUCUCCCCCCCGUCUCCUCUCUCUCCUCCCCCCAUCUCCAUCUCCUCUCUCUCCUGUCUCCUCCCCCUCCAUCUCCUCUCUCUCCUGUCUCCUCUCCCCCCCGUCUCCUCUCUCUCCUCCCCCCCCCCAUCUCCAUCUCCUCUCUCUCCUUCACCCUGUUGUCUGCACGUUGCUGGCUGCCCCUCUCCUGCCAGCCAGUGCCGCCGGCUGGUUCCUGUGCCAUGUCAGUAUUACUACAGUCGCCGUGCCUGUCUGUGCCCGUGCCUUAACUCCCCAAGUGCCUUGUGCUUGCUCAGCCUUACAUUCACACGCUGUAAAUACACGUUCUGCACAAACGGUGAACUUCGGAGAGCGAGCGACUGGAUGGGGACCCGGCGCCGA